AUGCUACCUUCUAUAAAAAAACCUAAAAAAUAAAUUAGAAAAGAUAAAUUCAUUGACAAUUUAUUUAAAAGUUUUGAAGAGAAGGCACCUAAAACAAAAGAAGAUUUUAAUUAUGAAAUAUUAUAAAAUUUAGAGCCUGUGCAUAUUGAAGGAAUAUAUUUUGAAAAGAAGAAUUCAAGCUAACCUUAUUAUAGUAGGUAGAUAGGGAUUAAUAAUCCUUAUUAUUCUUCUUCUUCUAAAAAUCAUAUGCGUAAUAGCUCUAUGCAAGAAUUAUACAAUACAAAAGAAUUAGAUGCUAAUAUAUUGCAAAAUGCAUUCACUCCAAGAGGCAAUAAUCUCAACUUUCUUGAAAAUUAUAAAAACGCAUUUAACAAAAUAGUCUCACCAAGAAGUUCAAGGAGCCCAAGGAGUCCACGUAGUCCCAGGGAACUUGAAAACUCUGGGAAUCUUUCGUAGAGAGGAUUUAUGAAAUCAAAAUCAUAACAAGCUAUUCAAGUAGAUUAAAUUGAAGAGACCAAUUACUUUGAGGAAGUGUUUCAAAAAAAGUAGUAAUAGAUUGAAGAAAAUGAAAAUUUGGCAAAUGAGAAUUUACCUCCUCAUAUUUUAAAAGAAUACACUAAAAGAUGGGGUGAAGUAGAUAUUUCUAUGAAAAAAACAGAUAGACUUCUUCAACAAGAAGUCUCUCAGACAAUGAAUACGAUAAACUCAAACUUAAAGCAAAUAGUUGUUGAAUAAGACAAAAAAAGAAUCAUUCGAAACUUAACAUCUUUGGAUUCAAUAUUUUAAGUUGCCAAAAACGAAGUUUUAGAACUUAAGGUGAUUGACCUUACAAAUGAGAAAGAAAAAAAGUAGAUUAGGCCAAGAUAAUCAAUGCAGGAUUCAAUUAAUAAUCUUCCAGCCAUACCUAAAGUAUUUACCAUAAAAACUGAGCCAAGUUAAUAUGAUUUUUAAAAUAAAAAUUCUCAUAAAUUCAAAAAAAUCACAAAUAUCAAUCCUAAAUUUUCCUUAAUGUACUCAAGAUUUAUAAAAAAAUUGCAUUAUCCUCAUCUUAAGUCAGAUACACAUUUAGAAAAAAAGAAGUUCUUAACCAAAUUUAGAUAGUAGCAAUUAGAAUAUAAACCCAAAACUAAUCUAAUUCUUUAUUAAGGCUUACAAGACAUUCUUUAAGAGAAUACAUUUUAAUAGUAAAAUUAAGAAAAUUCGUACACUACUUAAAACAUAAGCAAAGAUAACAGCUAAUACUUACCUAUCUUGCAAAUAAACAAAAGCAUAAAGAAUAAAGUUACAAACAAAAGUGUUGAAUAAACGUUGAAUGGAUCAAGUGUGUUUGAUAAAUCUAAGCUUAGUACCACAAUUGACACUUACUAUGGUAAAUAAAUGGAUAGGACUUUAUCUCUUCAUAAAACAUAUGAUAGUUCUGCUAAAAAGACAACUUAGAUUUAACCUAAUAAAUUGUUAAACAAAUCUCAGUCUUCAAAAAACAUAUAUCACAAAAAGCAAAAGAAUUUACCUAAAUUUUUGGUUCCAUUUAAAGACCUUGUGCUCAAUACAUGGAAAGGUAAAAUAGGUCCUACAUAAGAAGAGAAUGUGCUAUUUUCUAAUUGCUUGGGAAUGCUUUCACUCCACAAAGAAAUGAAAGAAGAUAUACAUGAUAUAAAAGAAUACUAAUUCGAUUUGAAAUCUUAAUACACAGCAGUGCCUUCUAAGUCUACAAGAUUGCAAAAGAAUGCAGAAAAGAAAUUCAAAAAAGUAAUUAAACAGAAUGUAGAUACAAAAUAAAUGUUAAUUAACAUGAAUAUUCAGCAACUUGAUUAAAUAGUUGAGUUAGAUGAUCCUAUUGAUUACUUAAUAUCUGACAAUUAUUGA